GUGCCCCUGCCGCCGUCCUUCGUCCUUCGCCUGCUGCUGCUCCUUUCCCCACGCCUCUGCUGCUCCUCCUAUCAACACUGUUGCUGCUCCUCUGCUUAAAACUGCUGCUGCUUCCUCUUCCCACGUCUUUGCUGCUGCACUGCUUGCGCCCGACCUCUGCUCCUCCCCUCGUCUCUUCUACUGCUGCUCCCUCUUCCCUGCUGCCCUUCUCUCAAUUCCACGCUGCUGCUCCUUCUUCUCCUCAUCAGCCGAUCCCCUUUUCCCCAUCUUCUCCCUCUCUACUCCUAACUGUAGAUCGAGGUCCGUCCUCAUCAGCCGAUCCUCUUUUCCCCAUCCUCUCCCUCUCUACUCCUAACCCUAGAUUGAGGUCCAUAACACUCCUCUCCCCGAACAACAAUGGCGGAAGACGGUCUCAACGACUACGAGCGCCUUCGCCAGGAGAACAUCCGGCGCAACCAAGAAAAGCUUGCCCCCCUCCGCCGCAAGGCCGACGAGCUCUCCGCCCCCAUCCGGCUCGCUAAACCUAAGCGACCGUAUCAGGUCAGGCCCAAGGCCCCGACGGGCCCCGUCCGCUCCUCCGGUCGCGCCCGCGGCAUCGCUCCCGGCAACCUGCCCCCGGAUCUCAGCCUCACACCCUCGCUCGCCUCCUCCAUCCUCGGGGGCGGGGCUGGGACCAAUGUUCGUGCGGCGGACGACUUCAAUGCUGGGAGGGGCAUGGUGCUGAUGCGCGCACACGUGAGAAACGUGGUGCCCUGUAGCAUAGAGUCGAUGCGGGUCCUCCCGCUCGCCGACCAGACCGUGGUGGCGGCGGGGGACAAAAGGGGGAAUAUCGGGUACUGGGACGUCGACGGUGUCUCGGAGGAUGCCGACGGUGUGGAUGGGGUCGUCUUCAGUUAUUGGCCACACAAGUGCCCUGUGUCAGCAAUCGUGGCGCACCAGGUGGCACCACACAAGUUUUACAGCUCUAGCCAUCAGGGUGAAAUUUGUCUUAUGGACUUUGAGAAGGAGAAGUAUAGUAUGGUUCAUUUAUGGGAGUGGCCUGUUUAUUCGCUUUGUCAAGCACAAAAUAGUGCCCGAUGCCUAUAUUUUGGUAAUGAAAAGGGUGGCCUGACACUUUUCGAUGAGCGUGAGGGUAAGGUGUUAACUACAUGGGAUGUGCAUGAGGAGAGAAUCAACUCAAUAGAUUUUCAUCCGGAGAAGCCACAUAUGCUUGCUACGAGUUCAAAGGAUCAAACAGCCUGUAUAUGGGAUGUGAGAAAUAUAAAAAGGAAGGAGCCAGAUAGCCUGAAGGUUUUCAAACUUAAGAAAUCUGCUCAGUCAGCUUAUUUCUCACCUAGUGGCCGCAUGUUAGCAGUAACAAGGUACUUUAUUUCUGACCAUUUUUUUACCCUUCAACUUGCUUAGAAGGUUCCCCUCCCUCUUUGAUUUAAGAAACAUGUUUCUUGAACCACCGUUAUGUCAUGGCUAGACUCAAUAAAUGCAAGUUACUGUUAGAUUUUUUGCGAGUUGUGCAAAUAUAUCGCUAGACUAGCUAAAUACCCGUGCGUUGUUACAGUGACAACAGUAAACUAUAUAACGCAUUAGGAAAAUAGUGCCUUGUCCCUCAUCGAUUAUCAUGUACGCCUCGAAACCCACUUUAUCCGUGCGACAUCUCAUUCUGUUAUGCCUACCAUGCAAAAUAUCAAUGUGUUGAUCAUUCCUUCGAUCCUUGCGACUACACAUGUUGGUUCUUUCAUAUACAAAUAUCUUCAUCAUGGAAUUUGUUCCCACCGUCUUUCCCAGAAUUAAGUACAUAAUUUGUGCAAGAGCCGAGAGGAACAUUUGAUAUAUAAUCAGCAUAACAAAUCAAUCUAUAGAAUGUUGCAAAAUAAGUAGGACUUGGGAAGAUAUCCAUCGGAUUUGGACUAACCAGG